AUGGAGCCAUUCUUUGCACUUGUGCAUGUAGUAAUGACCAUUGUUACUUUUACCAGAGCUAAUGAAACCACCUGUACACUGCGAGGACAGCCUGUCUACCCUCAGCUAUGGAAAGACGGAGACAUAAUACUUGGAGGGGUUUUUUCCUUCCAUAGUAGCUGGGAAGUCAGACAACUUACAUAUUCGAUUACACCACCUCCACUACAGUGCAUCAGUCUUAAUUACAGAGAUUUCCAGUAUGUACAGUCAAUGCUCUUCGCAAUAGAGGAAAUCAAUAACAGCUCCACUUUGCUGCCAGGGGUCUCAUUGGGCUAUAAGAUCUAUGAUACAUGCGGCUCAAUGGCAAUGGCUGUUAGAGUGACUAUGGCUCUUGCUAAUGGGCAUGAUAACACAACUUCUGAUGGACUUUGCACAAAGCAUGGCUAUGUCCAAGCCAUACUUGGAGACACAACAUCAUCAGCAUGCAUGGCAAUGGCAAAAAGUAUUGGACCAUUUAACCUUCCAAUGAUCAGCCAUUACGCCACCUGUGAGUGUCUUAGUGAUAAAACCAAAUAUCCUUCAUUUCUUCGAACUAUUACAAGUGAUUAUUAUCAAAGCAGAGCACUGGCAGAGUUGGUGAGACACUUUGGUUGGACCUGGGUGGGAGCCAUAAGAACAGACGACGAUUAUGGUAACAGUGGAAUGGCCACUUUUACUAAAGUCGCUGAGCAGAUGGGCAUCUGUCUGGAAUAUUCCCUCCCGUUUUUCAGAACGUAUCCAGAAGACAAAGUAAUGCGAAUAAUUGAGCAGGUUAAAAGCUCUACUUCUCGAGUAAUUGUGGGAUUUCUUGUGCACUGGGAUUUGGAAGUUCUGCUGCAUAAAUUUGUUGAACACAACAUCACAGGAUUUCAGUGGGUGGGCACAGAAGGAUGGAUAUCAGAUUCAGUCAUUGCCAGUAUGGAUAAGCACCAUAUUUUACAAGGGGCCAUUGGAUUGGCUAUUCCCAAAAAUCAAGUAACAGGUCUAAAAGAAUUCAUUCUAGAUAUAAAGCCAUUGAAAUCAUCAGGAAGUGUCAUUUUCAGUGAGCUUUGGGAAGCUUUGUUUGAGUGUAAAUACUCCACUAAGAAUGAUUCAACAUUUGCAACUGAAUGUACCGGUAAUGAGAAACUGUCAGACAUGCAAAAUACAUUCACAGACAUGUCACUCAUGCCCAUCUUCAGCAAUGUGUAUAAAGGAGUGUAUGCUGUUGCUCAUACACUUCAUGACCUUCUGGGCUGCAAGGACAAAUGUGCCACAAAGAAACAGCUUGACCCCUCAACAUUUCUGAAGCACCUGAGAAAGGUACGAUUUAAAACAAAAGAUGGUGAGGUGGUUUACUUUGAUGAGAAUGGAGAGGCAGUGGCAAAAUAUGAAAUAAUAAAUUGGCAAUCAAGUAAAAUAAAACACGAUGAAUUUGUCCCUGUUGGACUUUAUGAUGCAUCCCUUCAUGUGAAAGAUCGUUUGUCAGUGAAUAUGGCUGCAAUUGUAUGGGCAAAUAAUAAAACAAAGGUGCCUGUGUCUAUGUGCAGUCAGAGUUGUCCUCCUGGCACUAGGAAGGCUGUGCAGAAAGGAAAACCUAUAUGUUGUUAUGACUGCAUACCAUGUACAGAAGGUGAAAUCAGUAACACUACAGAUUCUAUAACAUGUCUGCGGUGCAAUGAAGACUUCUGGUCAAAUCUACAAAAGGAUGGAUGUGUUGAGAAGGAGACCGAAUAUUUGUCUUAUAAGGAGAUCAUGGGAAUUUUGCUCACAACUAUUUCAGUUAUUGGUGCAUUUAUAACACUUAUAAUUGCAGUCAUAUUUUUGAGAUACAAAAACACUCCCAUAGUAAAAGCAAAUAACUCAGAACUGAGUUUCCUCCUUCUGUUUUCACUAAUGUUGUGUUUUCUCUGUUCACUUACUUUUAUUGGUCGACCCUCUGAGUGGUCCUGUAUGUUGCGUCACACAGCUUUUGGGAUCACUUUUGUCCUCUGUAUCUCCUGUGUUCUGGGGAAAACAAUAGUGGUGUUAAUGGCAUUCAGGGCCACACUUCCAGGAAGUAAUGUCAUGAAAUGGUUUGGGCCUCCUCAACAAAGACUCAGUGUUCUUGGUUUCACACUUAUACAAGUUCUUAUCUGUGUGCUUUGGCUAACAAUAUCUCCUCCUUUUCCCUUUAAAAAUUUAAAAUACUUCAAAGAAAAGAUCAUAUUAGAGUGUAACGUGGGCUCAGCUGUAGGUUUCUGGGCUGUGUUGGGUUAUAUUGGACUCCUUGCUAUUCUAUGUUUCUUUUUAGCUUUCCUGGCUCGGAAACUACCUGAUAACUUCAAUGAAGCUAAAUUCAUCACAUUCAGUAUGCUCAUAUUCUGUGCUGUAUGGAUCGCUUUUAUUCCAGCUUAUGCCAGUUCACCUGGAAAGUUUACUGUAGCUGUUGAGAUAUUUGCUAUUUUAGCUUCAAGUUUUGCUUUGCUGUUCUGCAUCUUUCUCCCAAAAUGCUAUGUAAUUUUAUUCAAGCCAGAGAAAAAUUCUAAGAAGCACAUGAUGGGCAAGUAA